AUGGAGGACUCAACUCAGAUUCCCUACCCAACUCCCGCCCAUACACCACCCCACCACUCGAGCAUCCCACUCACGGUUCUCGUGUCAAGUAGAGCCGUGAUUUACGAUGAGGACAAUAACCUCAUUGUAUCUCCUGCAACUCUCACCUUGUCGCCACAAACUGGCACCAUUAUAUCAAUCCUGCCGACCAUACUCCCUCCUUCGAGUUUCCCGCCAAAUACGAUAUACAAAGACCACUCACCACAUAUAUUACUCCCUGGUCUGGUUGAUGCUCAUGUUCAUUUGAACGAGCCGGGCCGCACAGAAUGGGAGGGUUUCCACACGGGAACACGAGCUGCAGCUUCUGGAGGUGUGACAACCGUGGUUGACAUGCCUCUUAACGCCAUCCCGCCAACUACCACGGUUAAUGGAUUGAAAGAAAAGAUUAAGGCUGCUCAAGGACAAUGUUGGGUUGACGUCGGUUUCUAUGGCGGUAUCAUCCCUGGCAAUGCAGCGGAGCUAUUACCCCUGGUCGAUGCAGGCGUUCGAGGCUUCAAAGGCUUUUUGAUAGAGAGUGGUGUUGAUGAAUUCCCUGCGGUAUCAUCAUCCGAUGUCGCUCUGGCCAUGAGCACGUUAGCGAAAACGUCAACUACGUUGAUGUUCCAUGCUGAGAUGAUUCCGCCGAUUACCGCUUCCGUCGGUGACGAUGUUCAGACAUCUCUACCACCCCUCGAGCCCUCUGGUCCACUAAAUGAAUACGACACUUUCCUAUCCUCUCGUCCGCCAGCUUUUGAAACGUAUGCCAUCGAGGAAAUCCUUGCUCUCUCAGUUAUCGCUCCUGAACUGCAAUUACAUAUUGUGCAUCUCUCCGCCAUUGAAGCAAUUCCGAUUCUCCGAGCUGCACGAGACCGAGGUGUGAAAAUCACAGCGGAGACAUGUUUCCACUACCUCGCACUCGCAGCAGAAGAAGUAGCGGACGGAGACACUCGCCACAAAUGCUGUCCACCGAUCCGAAGCUCAGUCAACCGUGAUGGUUUAUGGUCUGAGCUUGCUUCACCAAAUUCGGUCAUUCAGACCGUGGUUUCGGAUCAUAGCCCGUGUACACCAGAAUUAAAACUUCUUCCGGAUAACCUCAGUCAAGGAUGCGGUGCUCAUUAUUUACAAGAGCCUGUGAAAGGUGUCAAUGGCGACAUGAUAAGUAAGGAAGAGGCCGAGGAAAAAGAACGCGGAGACUUCUUCGCUUCAUGGGGUGGUAUCUCAUCCGUCGGUUUUGGUCUCCCGAUCCUAUGGACCGAGGCCAAGACACGAUCAAGACCCAUCGAUAUUCUCGAUGUCGUCCGACUGUGUGCUGUCAACACCUCGGCGCAGGUUGGAUUGAGCCACAAGAAGGGUGCAUUGAGACCAGGCAUGGACGCUGACGUCUGCGUAUUCGACGACGAGGGCGAGUUCGUCGUUGGUCGCGAACAAAUGCUCUUCAGAAACAAAGUCAGUCCUUACCAAGGUCGCACCAUGAGAGGUCUCGUCAAGGAGACAUGGGUUCGAGGUCAGAAGGUUUUCGAGCGCAAUGGUGUCAACGGCGGAUUUGUGGGCAAGGGAGGUCUACCUAUUGGGAAAUUGUUACUCGAGAAAAGAUCUUAA